AUGUCAAACAGAAAAGAUGGAAAAUACAUCAACUUUGGUUUUGAUGUGGAGAUUCAAAAACCGAUAGAAAAGCUUCCAAGAGGUAAAAAUGAUAAUAAGCUGCGACGGAACUAUUCAAGGUUAACCUGCGUAGCAGGCGCCGGUUUUGUAAGGGCGAACGGAGAAAUUUCGUGGACGCGCGCGCCCACUAGGGAGAACGUAAAACCUAACCACAAUACUUAACCAGCGCCUUCUACGCAGGCUAAUUCCAGGCUAACGAACGUGUCUUUCUUUCGAGACGUUGAAAUGGUAAGAAAUUUUUUUCCUCAUAAUUUAUUUUUUUUUUGUUUUAUCCUGUCCUUCGUUCGAAGGUACAGCGAUAUUUUUCGAAUUCAAGCACUACAAACCCAAAAAAGACAUCGUGAGUACGAGAUGUUUCGCAUUCAUGGAACAAGAUGAGUUCAAGCCGGGUCCCGCCUGCAUAGAACUGUAAGUAGACAGGCUUUGUUUAAAAACGGCGAAGUUUUUGAUUUUUUUGUGGGUCUACUGGUUCCGUGUACUACGACUACCCCCUCAUUAGGGUUCACGAAAUACGCGAGUGCGCGUGAGAUUCGCUGCCCGCGAUGACAGGCUACACGCGGUGGAAGGAGAGAAAUGAGAGACCUUCGUUUUCUCUUCUUUCUCUGUCUCGCCAACGAGUGACUCCCUUUCCUGUUUUUGCUGUGUCUCCUGUGUCUCGCGGCGGUUUUCACCCGCGCUCGCGUACUUUCUGCAUCCUAUUAUCCCUGAGAAAGUCUGUUCCAGAAGUUUAGAUUGUGGACAGUGGCGCGAAAUCCCCCAGUCGCCGCCCCAACUCUGCUAACUUCUCUUUGUGCACUGCACCCUGUCUCAAUCCCUGGAAAAGGCUGUCUCCGAAGGUAGUCAAGGACCGCUCGUAUUUUACUGAAUCUGCUAGCUUUCAAUUAAGAAAGCUAACCGGAUUAACCUGUUCUUUUAGGUAUCAGAAGCCAACAGACUUUCACCGCAAGAGGUUAAACCUGUUGACGCAAAAACCGCUUUAUCUUCAUGUCACACUCAACAUUCUUGACGAUUAG